UAUUUGAUGUGAAAAGUUGCAUUUAAAGAAGAAUAAAGGAUUACAUAAACAUGGAGAACAAAAAUGGAACAAACGACAUCUCUGACCUCCAAAACAAAUGUUUCUUUAAGUUCAGAAUAAAAACAGUUUUAUAUCUGACUUUAACAAAGAACACAGACGGUCUCAGUCCGUCUCUGAUGUGAAACUCUGGAAAUAGAAACACUUUAAAAGGUUUGAUCAGCAGCAGCAGUUGUUGGGCCUCCAGAGAACCCGGGUUUCAUCCAACAUCUUGCCCAUGUAAGGGGAACUCUGCAGGCCUGGGGGGUCCCCCUUCGAUCCCGGCUCGUCCCCGAAGACCCCGCUUCGAUCGGACUAUCAUCACAUCCCCCUCCCUGCGACCCAGACAGCUGCUGUACUUAAAGUCUCGGCCCCCAAAUCAUUAGACUGACUGCAGCACCGGAGAACCAGCAGCAGACCAUGGCGAGCAGAAAGACGAAGAAGAAGGAAGGAGGCGCCAAAAGAGCUCAGAGAGCCUCGUCCAAUGUUUUCUCCAUGUUCGAACAAACUCAGAUCCAAGAGUUCAAAGAGGCGUUCACACUCAUCGAUCAGAACCGGGACGGAUUCAUCGAUAAGGAGGAUCUGAAGGACACGUACGCGUCGCUGGGUAAACUCAAUGUGAAGGACAACGAGGUGGAGGACAUGCUGAAAGAAGCAACGGGUCCCAUCAACUUCACCAUGUUCCUCAACCUGUUCGGAGAGAAGCUGCACGGUACAGACCCCGAAGACACAAUCUUAAACGCCUUCAAAAUGUUCGAUCCUGACGCCAAAGGCUAUGUUCACAAAGACGAAAUACAGAAACUACUGAUGACACAAGCAGACCGGUUCACACCUGAGGAGGUGAAACAGAUGUUCCAGUCCUCCAAUAUCGACGCUGCAGGAAACCUGGACUACAAGUCUCUGUGUUACAUCAUCACACACGGAGAGGAGCAGGAAGAAUAA